AUGCCCGGAGAUGAAAAGGGUCUUGAUUUGAUGAGUGAUGGGGAAGGCCAGAUUGACAAUGCUACACAAUCACUGUUGGCCUCGUCACCAGAGAAUACCGAGGAUAGGGCAUCCCAUUCGCCCGCAACUUUACCUUCAAACCAACCCGCAUCUGAUAGCCGCCCUGACGCGCAGCGCCAAUCUUCCAUAGUUCGUCCUCCUCCUGACGGACAACCCCGUACGCCCCGAACAACGAACAGAGUUCAGUUUGACCUGCACCCCGAUGGAGGAGAGGACGAUCAAUCUUCCAACGGACGCGCCCACAGUCCCGACAGCGAUACGCUAUGGCUGGACGACGACGAUUACGAGCUCGGCGAUCGAGGCGGAUCCGGGCUCCGGAAUACAGGGCAAACCGUUCCCCUGUUGACCAACAUUGAGGCUCCGAGUGUGACAUUGGCCACUUCUGAGGACUUUUUCCCCGAGGACCACUUGGAGACUGCCCGGCCGAGGAGUGGAAUGAAUAUGGCCUUCAUGAAUAUGGCCAACAGUAUCAUCGGCGCUGGGAUCAUUGGACAACCGUAUGCACUGCGCCAAGCUGGAUUGGCUACGGGGAUCCUGCUGCUUACGGUCCUGACCGUGACCGUGGAUUGGACAAUCCGUCUGAUUGUCAUCAACUCCAAAAUGAGUGGAGCCGAUUCUUUCCAAGCUACCAUGCAACAUUGCUUCGGAAGAAGUGGGUUAAUCGCCAUCUCCAUUGCGCAAUGGGCAUUCGCAUUCGGUGGCAUGGUAGCCUUUUGUAUCAUUGUCGGAGAUACAAUUCCAUAUGUCCUGGGUGCCCUCUUUCCAUCACUUCGGGAGAUGACUUUUUUGUGGUUGCUGACGGACCGUCGCGCGGUAAUCGUGCUGUUUGUCCUCGGCAUUUCUUAUCCUUUGUCUCUGUACAGAGACAUUGCCAAGUUGGCAAAAGCUUCCGCACUGGCUUUAGUCAGUAUGACCAUUAUUGUCAUCACUGUUAUCACCCAAGGCUUCCGCGUCCCAUCGGAAUCGCGGGGCGACAUCAAAGAUCACCUGAUAAUAGACUCGGGUUUUUUUCAAGCAGUGGGAGUAAUAUCCUUUGCUUUUGUCUGCCACCACAACAGCCUCCUAAUCUACGGGUCACUCAAGAAGCCGACCCUUGACCGAUUUGCGACUGUAACUCAUUACUCUACGGGGGUGUCUUUGAUAAUGUGUCUAGCAAUGGGGACUGCCGGAUUUUUAUCAUUCGGUUCCAAAACGCAGGGAAACGUGCUGAACAACUUUCCGUCUGACAACAUUCUGGUCAACAUCGCUCGACUUUGCUUUGGCCUCAACAUGUUGACCACUCUCCCUCUCGAGGCUUUCGUGUGUCGCUCCGUGAUGACCACAUAUUACUUUCCGGACGAGCCUUUCGACCCGCAUCGGCACUUGAUAUUCACAACAGCCCUAGUUUUGACUUCUAUGGCGCUCGCCUUGGUGACGUGCGACCUUGGUAGUGUAUUUGAACUAAUCGGUGCAACAAGCGCAGCCGCCCUCGCCUACAUCUUCCCUCCGCUGUGUUAUAUCAAACUCAGCAGUGUCUCGCGGCGGGAAAAGAUUCCAGCGUACGCAUGUGUUGCUUUCGGACUCAUUGUCAUGGGCGUUAGUGUCUUGCAAGCUACUGCAAAAUUAAUUAGGAAUGACAGUGAAGGCGGAUCAUGCGGUGCUUAG